ACUGUCAUACCUGCCAUUGACGGUCUGACAUUGGUCUCUCUACAGGCGGCACCUAACCAGCUCGACAUGUAUUAGAGUUGGGAUUUGUGGUGUGAGGAUCUCUGUAGAGCAACAGAAAGUGAACGUCGCGAGUGGCGUGUAUUUCGCAAAGUUCGCUGCAAAGUGACUCGUGCGAAGUGAAGUGACUGUGAAUGAAGUGAAGCACUGAGCACAAUUGAGGCAGAAAUUUGAACUGCUGACGAUUUGAGGCCUGUAUAUUCAUACAGGGUCUUUAUAUAUAUGUAGUCGGUCAGUGUCUUUCUUCUCAAGCAAGUGAAUUUGAUUACCGAGAUUCGAAGCGCAGUGAAUUUAAAAAAACAGUUACGACUUACGGACAUAUUUGUAGAGCAACAGUGUGGAUGAUCAAUUCGAUUACCUUGACCGAAAACGACUGAAAAGGUAAAUCCAAUCGAACAAGAGAGCUAAGGCAAGAAUAAGGCGUCUCAGAAACAGCAAGAGUGCCAACUAAUUGCGGAACGAUUGAUCUGAGGAAGCAUACCUAAGUAACGCCACGAUUCAUCGAUACAGUGGAAACAGUGCAGCUCAGUGACGUGGCGCUUCACAGUUUACACUCAGUAACUCAGUGACCUUACGCCCAGUAACUCCGUGACGCUACACUCGUCACUCAGUGACGGUUCCUGAUCAACAACGCCGAACCCAGGCGCAAUGAAGAAGUCAGCCAUUUUACGAUGGAUGAUUCUGGAGAUGGUGGCGGCAUCAUUGGUAGUUUCUUCUCCCCUCAUACAUCGGUGCCGCACAGACCAAUUCAUGGACUACCUAAAAAACAACGACAAGAAAAAAAUACGAAUAUGUCUUAGCAAAAAUGAGACAUACAACAGUCUUUGCCGUGAAGAGCUAUUUCUGGACAUUCAGGGGUCGAAAUUCCCUGUCGAGGUGCUGAUCAAAUGGCGUCAGCUGUGCUCAGGGCAACCCGAGUACAACGUCACUGGCACAGUCACAAUGGGUGUCGAAAGUGGGCUUCAAGAUGGCCGCCGACAGUCCACCCAAGAUGGCCGCCGCCAGGUGAUGCGUCUGGACGGUCUGACCGCCGGACGUUUACCUCCCGGCCGGUAUAUUGCUAUGAUUACUGUGGCUGAGAGAGAUGAGAGACAGGAGGGUUAUGCGGGGAAAUCAGCAUCUCUAAGAGAGGAGCCUCGUGGGUCCUCUGACGCACCUGGGAGGUUCAUAGCCGCCGGCCGGCGGCCCAGUGAAGAUACGGAUUCCAAGAGGAGCCAGGGUAUCACAGAACUAUACACUAGCGAAUUCACUAAGGGCCUUGAGAAUGCAUGCCCAGUGACAAAUAUCAACAUGGAUACCUGUUUUGAACAGGGAUUCAAAAACGCGCGGCUGAAAUUUGAGAACAUGGACCCGCUGCAUUUCAACACCACUCUAAAGGGAGGCUCCCGGGCUGUCGCCUGGGAAGUCGAUGGCAAUGUUAGCGUCGCCGGUAUUUCAAACUACACCGUGAAAAUAUCAAAAGCGGAGAGUUCGGAUGACCCGCACCAGAACCGACCUCUGACGAUCACGACGGCCUGGGUGGCGCCCCUCUGGAGGAUCGAGCUCGGACUUACCUACCACCUGACCGUCAUCCCAGACGUCAUCGUCAUCAAAAUGGCCGCCAGAGUGGCGAUGGCGUUGC